AUGUACAGCUACUACGCGUGUACUUCAGCCGGUUUUAAGCCUUCAAGGCUGAUGGCAAUGCUCGUCACAACGCUUCAAAUCAUACAAAUGUUCGGUGGUAUCACAGUCAACUAUUUGGUUCAUCAGAUCAAACUUCACGGGACUGAACCGUGUCAACAGUCGAUGGGACACGUGUACCUUGGAUAUUUUGUGUAUGGUACAUUCGCAGUACUCUUCAUUAACUUCUACCUUCAUGCUUACUUCCUGCAACCCAAGCAAAAGUUCGUCAAGAAAAAGGCUGAAUGA